AGCUAGGGCGUGGCUGGGAGAUGCAAUAAUAAUGGAUGAAGAAACAGCUCUUUCUAAGGCAGGAGCCACAGAUUUCCUCAUCUCUCAUCUCUUAAGUGCAGAUCAGCAUGGAAUAGUAGUUGCAUCUUAUUGUAGGGUAGCAGGCCAUCCCUUCCCAAGCAAGCUCUAUGCUGUAAUUUUAGCACUACCUGAAUUUUUGUUGGAAUCAGCUUAAAUUUUAGAGCAGAAAUACAAGAAAUUAAAAGUCUCUUUAAGAUAAGUAUUUAUUUUGUCAAUGUUAAUUUCAACAAGCAUUUUUUAGUCCAUACAUCAAAUUUGACUCUAAUAUUAAUGAAUAUAUACUUAUCCCUUAUGCCAUAUAACUUUUAUAUUGAUCAGCAGCUUGUGAUGAGGUUUAAGCGGACUAUAAUAUUUGCAUAAAUCAUGUGACCUUUGAUUUAUGCAAUUGAAGUUUUGGUAAUGUAAUAUAUAGACUGUAGUACCUAUACAUGUAUAAUCAUUACUGAUAUUAUACAUAUUUCUCUCAUUCUUCCAUUUUUUCAGGUUCUUGCUCUCCUAUCCUCAGGCUCUCAAAAUAAUUUAGUUCAGUAGUAUUACUAGUAUGAUGUAUAAUGUAACAAUAAAAAGUUUAUACAGGAAUGAUUAUUAUGCUGCAUCUGUUCAAUGGAUACAAAUCAACUGCUAAAACUAUUGACUUGGUAAUAUUAACAGUACAAUAUGUGUUGGUUCUAUAGAUUAUAGUAAGUAUUAGCUUUUUAAUCAAAAGGAAAUGGUAAAGAAUAAUUUCAAACAAAGUACACUGUUUUUAAGUAAACUGUUUAAAGUUAUGCAUAUGACAGCUAUAGCAUCACACCUUUAUCUUCCUUUAGUAUUAUCAUGCUAUGCUUGUAUUGUAAUCAAUAAUCUCAGCUAGCAUUCUAAAAAGUUUUUAUGUAUUUUGAUUAAUUUGUAGCAAAGCUAAAGACUUAGUACAUUUAAAUGCCAUUGUUUUACUUUUUAUGACUGUAACUUGCAGUGCAAGUGUCUAUCCCUCUACAAAUUAAGGCAUGAAUUGUAAAUCAUUCAGUGUAAUGACAAAGGAGCAUAAGUUAAUAAAUGCUGUACGUUUCAUUGAUAAAAUAGGCUAACUAUGAUUAGAUCUAUGAGAUUAACAUAAGGAAACAAUGACAGAGACAAGUCUUUUUUCUCUCUCUCUUAUUAUUAUUUUGUCCACAUUUUGCAUAUAAGGUGGCAUAUUAUUCUUAAUGAUAUGUGGCAAAGUUCCUCGUUUGUAAAAACAAACGACUAUCAUAUUUAUCAUAACAUGUACAACAUAGUAUAUAAUCACAUUCAACCUACACACCUAGCUGCCUGUUUCUAUAUACCUGAAACUAUUGAUGCACAGAAUGGCAGUGACUCUGCUAACUGUUGUUGUCUUUUUGUUGAGUCUCAGUGAAGUUAUUAGUCAAUGUCCACCUUCCUCAGGCUAAUAGAUCAUUAUUCUAUAAUACUCACAUUAGAGGACAUAGCAAUAGAGUCAUGUGUGCUUUACCGAAUUCUACUCUGACUGAUAGAGCGUGGGUUACUUCUAAUGGAUCAUCAGUUGAUUGCAAUACUAAUCCUCUCCGUUGCUAUGUUGUAUCUUCAAACCAUGCAAGACUUAUACUGUUGAAAAUCAAGAUAAUGCGACUAUCUCUACAUACAAUGUAAAAGAUGUACUAGUAUCUACUAAAGGGAAUGAAUCAGUUAGUGUACAGUGUGUGUUUGCAUCAGGAUCAACUGCUGAUGGAUGUCAUGUGGUAUUUACUGAUAGUAGUAAUGGAAGGAAGGAAUUCUUUAAUAUAACUGGAUUGGUUAAUACAAUAUAAUUAUUAACCAGUGGAGUAUAUAAUGUAACUGGAUAUGAUAUAAGCGAUGAUGGCAGCAUUCUACCAUGGACUUGUUAGCAGUUACAGCACUGUAGUGACUAUACGUAGUACUGGUAUAUUGUCUAUGGAGGUAGAAUUCGCAGUCACAUUUUCUCCUCAUCAUACUGUUAAUAGCACUAAGACUCUUGAUAGCUCUAGUAGGCCUUUAAUAGAUGGUGUAGCUGACACAGUUGUUGUGUUAGUAUGUACUAUAGUUGGUACAGUAUUUGUAAUAAUACUGCUGAUUGUAAUCAUCAUUAUUAGUAUCUGGUGUGUGAGAAAAUGGAAAAAAGGUGGUUCUAUUGAGAUUACAGUCAAUAAUCCAGCAUAUGGACAGAUUGAACAAUCAGUACAAGGAUCAGUAUUAAACACAAAUGUUAAUCCAGCUUAUGAGACUGUUGCUGUUUAUGAAUAUGUCAUUUAAUUCAUAAAUGACAAAAAAUUGGUUACCGCAUUUAUUACUGUAAUUUUUCUCAAUAAAUAAUACAUUCAAUUAA